GAUCGAGUUGUGAUUCCCAAAAUCAGAUCAAUCUCUCUACAAAACCGUAUUCUAUCAUUUUUCUUUUCAUCAAUUUUGUGUUUCAAUUUCACAUCUGAAGUUCCUUCUUCUUCUAAAUCCCUAACUGGUUUUCGAUCAAUCUCUGCAUCUACCUUCUUGAGGAUUUCUAAUGGAGACAAUAUGAAGAAUGGGAAAUACUCAAAAUGUUUUGAAUCACAACAAUCGGUUCUAGGUCUUCCGCUGCUGAACAUGGAAACAAAUUUGGGGUUUUUCAGUAUAUGGUCAUUCCGAAUUUGGGAUAGAGGGAAAUUCGAUGGUCAAAGUAAAAUUGGAAAUUUCAUUGUUCAUAAUACUUCUAUUAAGAUUUACUUUUGUUCAAUUUGGGGAUUUUUACUGCAAGAAAUUAUCAACCCAGAUAAGUCACCUUUUCCCCUCUACGGUUCUUUGUUGCUUAUUAGUAUUUCUUCAUCAUUUGCAGUAAAGAAUGAAAUACACAACGAUUCUACCAAUUUGGCUCAUUUAGUGCCUCGUAAUGCAACAAUUCUAUCCAUCUGGUUCUUUGUUGCAGGUGUGUUACAUUGUAUUGAGGGUGGUAAAAAAUUUAGGCAAGAGGUCUUUGAUAAAAUUCAGUUGGAACUGAAUCUUUUUGGAUUCCUGCUUUACAAUGCAAAUAUGAAGCAGCUUGUUGUUACUAAAGUUAAUGUUGAAUUGGCUUAAGUAGAAUUUAUUAAGGAUGUUGUCAUUAAAAAGGCUGAGUUGCAAAGCAUGGUUCUGUUUUCAAGUGUGAAGCUGGUUCAGUUAAUUCCAUUUGUAAUGAAUUACAAUAGGACGAAGGCUGUUUCAGUUAAUGAUGGAACUUAUAUUAGUUUCAUGUUCUUUAUGGCAAUUGGUAUUGUUCUCACCUUGGGAAUUUCACCACCUAGUCGUGUUGUUCGUGACAAUGGUAGUCGUUGUACUAAUAUCAAGUAUUCGAAAGUUACGACUGAAGUGAUUGAGAUUUUGAAAUUGUUCUUGAAUUGGAAAAUGCUUCUUCUGGUUCCAGCUUCCUUGGCUAGUAACUUCUUUUACAGUUAUCAGUUCAUCUAUGUAAAUGGUCUUUUGUUUAAUUUGAGAACAAGUGGGAAAAUAUAGUAUGUUUUCAAGUGCAAGGUGUUUUAGGAGCAAGAUUUAUUUCGGUGAGUAGCUAUUAAUUACUACAAUUAGUCGCAGAAGAAGUAUUUCCUGCCACAACAAUUGCUCAACGACAAGAAUUACUUUUGCAGCAAAAUAGCUUAUUUGCAGCUGAAGCAAAUUGAAGACCAGAAUUCAACAACAAUGUCAACUGAUUCCACAAUAGCAGCAACAUCAUCAUCAAAUCAACAACAAUAACAACUUCCGGGUAAUCUCAACUUUCAUAUGGGUAAUAACUUCUUAAAAAAUUUCCCCAUUUAUUCAUUGUUACUUCUUAUGUGUGUGUUUCACGUAUGGAGUAAUCAUUUUUCAAUACCUAACUGGUCAUAAAAACUUUUCAAUAACCAGUUAUAUGACUUGUUACUUCAAAACAAGUCAUAUCAAUAUCUUUACAGAUCUGGUCUUACAAACACCAGUUUCUAAACAACAUUUUGAGUCUCUUAACCAACAGAGAACACCAACAACAUUUUGAGUCUCUUAACCAACAGAGAACACCAAAAACAAAUACUGGAAGCUACUAUUUCUGCUGUUAUUCACCUUGUGUUGCUGCUAAUUCUAGUGGUGUUGUUAAUACUUCUACUGGAGCUUCAAUUUUAACAACUGAUGCUGUUUACAAACUCAAUAGCUUGUUAUUCUUA